UGUGUGUGUGUGUGUGUCACUCAAACUCAUAACACGUUUGCAUGCUUAUUUUCUUCUCCUAUUUCUAUUCCUUGUAACUGAGCUGUAUUAUAACCAUCAUCAUCAUCAUCAUCAUCAUCAUCAUAUGGUAAAACCAGCCCCCGUCCCUCAGACUGUAUCACCUGGUCCACCAGGUGGUUCUCACACCUUCUCCUCUGGUCCACAGGAGGCCACGCCCACAUCUCCACCAGCACCACCCAACGCACCACCCAACGCCCUGCAGAGCCAGGGCGGGGUUACCCCAGGAGAGAGGAGAGGAGAGGAGAGAGGAGAGGGGAACAGGAGAGAGGAGAGAGGAGAGGGGUCAAGGAGAGAGGAGAGAGGAGAGGAGAGGGGUCCAGGAGAGAGGAGAGGAGAAGGGCCAGGGGAGAGAGAGGGGUCCAGGAGAGAGAGAGGGGUCUGCCUCUCCCCCAGGUCCACCACCAUGGCCCACGGCCAGCCUGACGUGAGCCACAUGUACGCGGCGCCCCAUCCGCCCCCCUCGUACGCCUGCAGCGCAGACCUGUACCCCGACCCGUCGGCCAGCUACCUGGCCACCUCCACCUGCGCCGUGUCCUACCACCACCACCACCACCACCACCCCGCCCCCCCCUACAGCCCCAAGCCCCCCCCGGCCGACGGCCCACUGCUCCCCCUGCUCCCAGACUACGGGGGCUUCUACCCCCCCGCCUGCCAGCGCGACCCCCCCGGGCCCGCCUUCCCGGAGAGGAAGACGCUGGCGUACCCGCUGGAGUCGCUCCGCCUGCCGCCCCCGCCCCUCACGCCGCUCAACACCAUCAGGAACUUCACGCUGGCGCCGCCCGGCCCGGCCCCCCAGGGCCCCGUCAUGGCGGCUGCGUUCGGCCACCACAGCCUGCCGCUGCGCCCCAUCCUGCGGCCCAGGAAGUACCCCACCCGGCCCAGCAAGACCCCGGUGCACCAGCGGCCCUACCCCUGCCCCGCCGACGGCUGCGACCGCCGCUUCUCGCGCUCCGACGAGCUGAGCCGCCACGUGCGCAUCCACACGGGCCACAAGCCCUUCCAGUGCCGCGUCUGCCUGCGCGCCUUCAGCCGCAGCGACCACCUGACCACGCACAUCCGCACGCACACCGGGGAGAAGCCCUUCUGCUGCGACACCUGCGGACGCAAGUUCGCCCGCAGCGACGAGAGGAGACGACACCUGAAGAUCCACCAGAGACAGAAAGACAAGAAGGCCUGCUAGGGUCCUGCUCUACAGCGGCCCUCUGACCCCCCCCCCCCCCCCCCCCCCCCCCAUCACUCAACAGGGGCACCUCCUGGGGGACGUCAGGUGGGCUCCCUUGGGGCCCUCCCCCUUAGGGUCCCAACCCUUAGGGACCCUCCUUAGGGAGCGUUAGAAGGCUCCACUCAGGGAUGUUAGUUCCUGAGGCAGUUUGUAGCGAUGAGUUACAGGUCCCUCCGUCUGAACAGGACCCCAUAUGUCCCUGAUAGUACAGGUGACCUCACAGGUGACGGUGUUCAGAUAGUGGUCUGGAGGACAGACACCUCACCUGUACUCCCCAAACACCACACCUGUGGGAGCAGGUUUGGAGGAGGAAGAUUGAAGCUGAAGAUUUUGAACUUUUUUUAGGAACCAUACUAGCCUUUAAUAUAAAACUGUCUUUUGAUAAAUUGUGAUUGAACGUUUUUCAAUAAAGAGUGAUCCUCCUGGUCCUAGUUUCAUCAGACCCGUCUCACCUGGUCUCCAUCA